CGUCCUCCACAGCCGAGGGGGCAGCUUGCAGCUGUCUCGGCCAAGCGUCACUCCACCACAUCGUCGCCUUAUUCUUCGCGCGCUAUCAUACUUUUUUUUCUUUCCCUUGAUUUCGCUUUUGUUCAUACGCGCACUCUCGCCUUCGCCGUGAUUAGCGGUGGUCAACCAGCCUGCCUCGUGCGAGGAUUCAACACUCACCCUCAUUGUCUGCGAGGCAGCUCCUUGGCGAAACUCUUGCAGCUAAAGACGGUGGUUGCCGGCGGUGGUGACCUUGGAAAGACGCGUGCCGCGCCUUCAUACACUGGCCGACACUCGCUCGACGAGAGGCAAGACUGGCGUGCGGUCUUUAUCUCUGAAGAAAAAGGGGCCCCCUUCCAUCCACGAAAGUACGCGCUUCCAUAGCUGGUUGAAUCCGCAGUGGCUUCGUGCCUGUUCGCAGGAGCGUACGUGGUGAGCAACAACGCGUCGUUGGUAUUUGUUCGGACCGCGAGACUCGUCUUCCUGAUGUCCCAGUGCGUGCGCGAAGAAGGUGCGUUCGUUUCCUCCGGCGCAGAGAGAUUUAUUUGUGACGGAAGUGACAGCGGUGCUUACGUUGAAGCGUAGCCAUGAAUCUGUGAAAAGAAGUGCCCGUGUGAAAGCCUGUGGAACGCGACAUCGAAUGGUAUGCGUUCGUCGGAUGAUGAGCGAAACUGUUCGAGCUGAACUGUGAAAGAAGAACUGGUGUCUGACAGCAGCCUGAAAGGUGUCCGUCAAUGACCGCUGCGUCAUUGCAAUGACCGCUGUGUGAGUGCAAUGACCGCUGUGCGGUCCACCAUAUAAGCAAGCGUUGGAAGUACGAAACGUUACGUACAGAAGCUCACAAGAUUUGAAUGCGCGGCGUAAACUUUCGUAAUAUCGAGUGGCAACCGAAGUGAAGCUCUGAACGCCUAAGUCUCAAAAGUGUCUGUCGCCGAACUUGGACAUCGCCAGUGCUUCGGACCUUGCGGAAACAAGCAAGCGCCGCCUACUAGAGUGGAUUCCUUGUGACUGACAGAUAGCAGCGUCGUGUGCCCGUUUACGAAUGUGUGUCAGUUUUUUUAUUUAUUUACUCAUGCUAUUUCCGCAAUUUUCGGCAAGCACUUUGUCAUCCGCGAUAAGAGUACGUGGUGAUCAUACCUCAACUUAAUCAAACCUGCGAACGCCGACGCCGCGCUUGAAGUCCCGUUACGGGUACCGUUAUGCCAUCGUGAAUCUACGAGUUCAGAGUGAAGCCUAGGGAACAUUGUUCUGAGGUCUGAGGCCGACAUCAAUGACCCACGUUACUGCAAUUCUGUAACGUUUUGUGCGCCGUUCCCGGCAGUUUUGGUAACUACCGUCAUCGCUUUCAAGUUUCCUAAAGACUAACUUUCAGCUGGACUCUUGACAACGCCCAGACUACUGGAGUUAAGCGUGCUGUGCCAUUUAUGGAAACGGAUGCAGAAGAUCCGUGUAUGUUAGGGAUAAGUUGGACAUUGACAACAGUGUCUUCGACAAGGCUGUGACAAAGAGAGGAAGUAUGUGCUGAAAAGACAAUGUGGUGUACCGUCAAAGAGGAAUAGUUCCGAAACAAGCUGUCCUCCAGAGCAUGGCAGAGAUGUACGACGAAGCAGUGUUGCGACUACAGCGAGAUCCGGAUGUGUUGAACGAUAUCGGAGAUAAACUUGGUGCCGCGAAAGUCCGCCCGGCUCGAAAGGUGGCGAUCCGUCAUGCAUCUUGCGGCAGCGGUGCAGACUGCCGCCGUGGUUAACGGUCCGUCUUUCCGCCGGUUCCAGAGGAGACGCAUCUCGUACCGACGCAUCGCGCUCAUCCGCAGCUACUACAGCAAAGUGCCAUCGCUGGCGGUGCCGCUCAACAAGUCCAUGAAGAACCUGUCCUGUCCCGACCUGACCAAGAUCGCCCUCCAGAAUGGCGGCGGCACGUCCGACGACGACAUCCAGAGGGCGCCCAGUCUGGGAGACUCCAUCGGAGACACCAUGUCCCUGCACUCGGACCAGGGUACGGAAGACGAGUUGCAAUUCGCCUUCAAGAACCAGAAUCUCUUGAGGACCGAUAGAGACGGCGAAGACAGCGACUCCUCAGACUGCAGUCACAUGGAGAUGAUGCCUGGAACACCUCGAAACAUCCUGACUCCGCGAGCUAUGCUGCGUCACAGCGACGUCACGGACACGCGUGCCCCUUUCCAGCUAGUUUCAGAUGACGACGCCUUGCACACCCAGAGUGACAAGUCCUCCCAGAAUGACUCCAGUUCUCCAAAGCUCACAAUGAAGCGACCCGCUCCCCGACAGAGGCGAAAGCUCCCGGCGCCUCAAAGCCCCCUGGUGCAAAACAGCGCAGGCAGGAUUCCAAGCAUUAAGGUUACUUGUGAGACGCCUGCGCUGCGGCCUCACUCUGCGGAGAAGCCCACCGCCUCCGACUGGAUGACCGCUCAGCUGAGCCACAUGAAGUGCUGGUUCGCCGAACUCCAGGAGGACUUCUCCGAGUGGCACCCCGUCGAGGUACCCGACCAGCCGCCCAAAGACAACGAAGAGGCAUUCUCGCUCAAGUACACCAAGGACACGCUGUUUCGAUUCGCUUGCGUCGACUGUUCUCUGCGGGCGGUUCAGCACGAAUGCACGAAGCUUCUCCAGUGGAAGUCGCCACUCCAAACGCUCCUGGUCGUUGCGGCCAUUCUCCACGGUCUCUGGAACGACUGCCUGCUGACUCUCAUCUUCGUCGGAGUCGCGUUGGGUCUCGUCAAGAACUACCUGAGCAUGAAAGGCUUUCUGGGCGCGACUUCGGACGACGUCUUCACGACUGAUCACAAGAAGCUCGGUAUCGGCAUGGGAAUCGACAAAGUGCCGGCGAUCAUGUCCCUCAACAUGAAGAUAGCGAAAACGUUUCACGUGCUCUCGGACGCUUUCGACAAAGGACUAAGUUUGUGGACGUGGAGGAAUCCGGCGGUGACGGUCAAAGUACUGGGCAUCCUCGCUGUACUAGCGCUGUACUCAAUGAUCAGGCCCACGGCGGAAGUCAUCAAAGUACUUGGUACGGGCCUGGUUCUGAAGGCCUUCGUCCUGGACUACGUGUUCGUGCGGUUCCCGCGGGUGCGCGCCAAGUACGACCUGGCGUGGAUCCUGUGGAACGAGUUACCCACGGGUCCCGAGAUCGAGAAGCAGGCGCGCCAGAACAAGAAGAAGGAGAAGCUGUCUAAGAAGAAGUCGGACCAGCCGCCCCUGAUAACGAUCAACAACAACGCGAGCGAAAGUCGGUCCCAGUCGCCCCUCUCCUUCCGUGGUGACGACAUCGACGAAGUUCUCAGCAGCAUCUUCGACAUACCCACUUCGGAGAUGUGCCUGCCAGGCUGGGAACAAGGCAGGAAGUGCACGCUGGUCAAGAAGGAGCGUUCUCUCACAUCAGCGUUCCGCAACGGUCGCCUCUACUUGACAGACCACUACCUGCUUUUCCUGCGGUACAAGACGCAGCAUCCCAAGAAUCUCACCAUUCACCUCUCGCAGAUUUCGAAGCUCGAAAAGGGAAAGCCAACAUCGUGGAUAUCCGGCGAUGGAACUUCCCUCAUCGUGACAAUGAAAAGCGGCGAAGUGUACACUUUCGGCACCGUCGCAAACCGAGACGAAACAUUCAAGAGCAUCGUCGAACAGGGGAUGCAGAACAACUGCAAGUGGGCGUCCAUAGCCGAUCUUCUGCAAACUAAGACCAGCUAAUCAACUCUCCCCUUCGAGGCCUUGCUCAUGCAUUCCACGCACGGAAUCCAUUUGUACAUAUGGUCAUCGCCAUAAUCAAAAGCUCUGCGACACCACCCACAAGUCUCAGAUGCCUUUUUACUUUUCAGCCCGUGCAGAGUUGCGUUUGUAGAUUGCCUAGUCAGUUGCUGUUGUAAAUAGCUACGAAUGUCGUGCCGAGGCGAGUGCCGGCACCGCGUAAUGAGCCAACAGAGAGAUUAUACAAUGUACAUAAAUAACGAGAACCUUCGCCCAGGCAGAAACUAUACAAACAUGCCAGGUUAGACUCUGCAAAAGCUUGAGACCUUUGCGUUUGUGCAAAGGAAUCUACAAGCACAUGCACUCACAGAUUUCUUUUUUGUGUGUUAUUCCUCGCAUGUGUUCCGCAUUUUUCAUAACUGUUGGUUGUGAAAUGUUGGCAGACUACCAGAGCAGCCGUUCUUCGUGUAAAUGCACAAACUUGCCUUCUCAAUUGCGAAUGUGAAGAGGAUGGCCAUCAGUGUUCGGUCUGCAGCCAAUGAGUCCUUUAAAAAGAAAAGCGAUGUUUACCAGACACGUGCGACAGCGUGAGCAAAACGCAAUGUGUGAUACGCGAGCCACAUCCCUUUUAUCUCUUCGUUUACUAUAAGAAACAAUGGGCAUAUAUGUUUUGAAGCUAUUUUACGAGGAAGGAAAUGCCUUUACCUCCGUUGUUGAAUUUUGAGUCAUUUAUUUCCUACUGUUGUCUUUUUCUUUUUUUUCCACGAUUCAACGCAAUAAACUUGUACAUCAACA